GUGUAAUUAUGGAGAGAGAAAAUGGUUGUAGAACCGUCUUAGGUGGUCGUGCGGAGAUAGACACGAGACCACCGUUUGGAUCCGUGAAAGAAGCUGUGGCUUUGUUCGGAGAGAAAGUUUUAGCCGGAGAGGUCUAUGCAACUAGGUUUAGAGAGGUAACUCAUAUUCGAACAAAGUCAACGCCUUGUCCUCAACCAAGAUUACGGUCGCUAAAACUCGAGCUCGAGCAGACGAAACAUACUCUUACAAGAAUCCUACAACAAAACACCAUCCUCUCCAACCGGAUUCAAACCCUAACACAAGAACUCGAACAUGAGAGGAAAGAAAUUCAACGACUCAACAUGAUAAGGUCAAGUCUCCUAGAGAAUCCAGAGAUCGAGGAACUCAAGUUCGUGGAACAUCAUCAAACGAGGACGUCCAAAGAUGUUGAAGAAGAGAUUGUAACGAUGGAGGAGUUUGAAAAGAGGAGACUGGUCACGUUCGCGAGCUCUCCUCUGCUUACACGUGUGAUGUCAAGCGUUGAGGAGGAGAUGAAGGAGAAAGAGAAGGUUUUGGAAAGGGUUUCUUCGGUGAAGAAGAUGAAACCAAAGAGGGGGUUCGCUAUGUUCAAGGGAUGGUUUAGAGCAACCGGUGGAAGAGACUGAUCAG